AGCUUAUUAACAAGUAUAUAACUAUUUUUCAUAUUCUAUUCCUCAUUGAUUCUAUUAUCAUAUCUCUUACUCUUUGGCAAAUCUGUAGCUAGGAAUUUAACGCAAUUUAAAAUUUGCUAUGAAAAAUAAAUAAUGAAAAUGAUUUAUAAAAUAUCGCCAAAAACAAUAUUGCAGUAGCAACAAAAGGUUAUUACAUGAAUUAUUUUUUUAAACCAACUGAAUUAGCUCUGAAAUUUUCAUUUUUAAACAAAAAUCUCUCUCUCAAAUACUUGUAAUUUAAAUUGCUGUUGAAUCAACUUUUGUUGCGGAAAUAUUUGAUUGUUUGUUUAGAAAAAAGAAGAUAUAGACUACCAUGAAAUAGAACAUUUGCUUCCAGAUAAACACUCGGAAGUAGCUAUCUCGAUUUCUCCCACAAACUUAUGCAAUUCUUAUUUCCUCGGGAUGUCUGUCUAAAAUUUGCGAUACUUUUCUUUAAUCUUUCGUGAAAAAUAUUUUAAUGCUUGGUGCAGACAAAUAUGAAUAAACUUUUUGCUCUGCUAAAAAUAUUUCUAAGCAAAGAAUGAAAAUUUAAACUUUCCUUGCAAGGUUAAUAAAAGAGGUGCAGCAUCAUUCAUAAUGUGGGAGUGUCACUAAAUAUUAUUGACAAGCAACUUUCUUAAUUCCAAUAAAAGAAAGAUGUUCAGUAAUUGUAAUAAAAUAUCUACAAAGAAAAAGUUCACAUCCCGUUGCCAUGUUGGUGAGAAAACUCAUUCAUGUAAUGUGUGUUAUAAAAGUUUCACAUCAAAAUGCAACUUAAUCCGUCACUCUCGUAUCCAUACAAACGAGAAACCCUAUUUGUGUGAUAUGUGUGAAAAAGCAUUUACAGAAAAAAGUUAUUUAAUCGAACAUUAUCAUAUUCAUUCUGGAGAGAAACCGUAUCCAUGUAGCGUGUGUAAUAAAUCAUUUGCAUCAAAAGGCAAUGCAGUUUCACACUCUCGCGUGCAUAUUGAUGAAAAGCCUUAUCCGUGCAUUGUGUGUGAUAAACCAUUCUCUAGUAAAAGUAAUUUAAACAAACAUUAUGUGAUUCAUACUGGAGAAAAACCUUAUUCUUGCAGUGUAUGUGAUAAAACUUUCACAGCUAAAGUUUAUUUAAAACAACACAACAUAGUGCACACUAAAGAGAAACCUUAUUCUUGCAGUGUCUGUGAUAAAGCAUUCACACAAAAAUCUAGUUUGAAUAGACACAAUAUUGUACACAUAGAAAGAAAACCUUAUUUGCAUAGUGAGUGAUUAAGAAUAUCUUUAUUCAAACCAACUAUAUUUAAAUAUAAUGAAUAAAUCAUAGAUAUUUUAUAACAUUACUUGGGUUAUAAUUCUACUAUUACAUGUCAAAUAAAAUGAAAUGUAAAACCUG